AUGUGUGGAAUCUUUGGUUACAUUAACUACCUGGUUGAGCGGGACCGUGAGUUCAUUAUUAACACUCUGCUUAAUGGACUGUCCCGUUUGGAGUACCGCGGUUAUGAUUCAGCCGGCAUGGCUGUCGAUGGUGACAAGAAGAAUGAAGUCUGUGCCUUCAAGGAGGUUGGCAAGGUUGCCAAAUUGAGAGAGCUCAUUGCCGAGACCAAGCCCGAUAUGACCAAGUCUUUUGAAUCUCACGCUGGUAUUUCUCACACCCGUUGGGCCACCCACGGCACCCCCUCCCGCCAGAACUGCCACCCUCACCGAUCUGACCCCUCUUGGGAGUUUUCCGUCGUUCACAAUGGUAUCAUCACCAACUACAAGGAAUUGAAGGCCUUGCUGGAGACCAAGGGCUUCCGUUUCGAGACAGAGACCGACACUGAGUGUAUCGCCAAGCUCGCCAAGUACCUCUACGACCAACACCCUGACAUCGACUUCACUGUUUUGGCCAAGGCUGUGAUCAAGGAGCUGGAGGGUGCUUUCGGAUUGUUGAUGAAGUCUGUUCACUACCCCCAUGAGGUUAUUGCGGCCCGUAAGGGUUCCCCUCUGGUUAUUGGUGUGCGAACCUCUAAGAAGAUGAAGGUGGACUUUGUUGAUGUCGAAUUCUCGGAAGAUGGUGCUCUUCCCGCGGAGCAGGCCUCCCAGAAUGUCGCUCUCAAGAAGUCUGCCACUAGCCUUUUGGCUCCCCCUGACAAGUCUCUGCUCCACCGCUCUCAGUCGCGAGCUUUCCUGUCUGAUGACGGUAUUCCUCAGCCCGCUGAGUUCUUCCUGUCCUCGGACCCAUCUGCCAUUGUCGAGCACACCAAGAAGGUUCUCUACCUUGAGGACGAUGAUAUUGCCCACAUCCACGAGGGUCAGCUGAACAUUCACCGGCUGACCAAGGAUGAUGGUACCUCCAACGUCCGUGCUAUUCAGACCAUUGAGUUGGAGCUGCAGGAGAUCAUGAAGGGCAAGUUUGACCACUUCAUGCAGAAGGAGAUCUUUGAGCAGCCCGAGUCAGUUGUCAACACCAUGCGUGGUCGUCUGGAUGCUGUUAACAAGGUUGUUACUCUGGGUGGUCUUCGCCAAUACAUUUCGACCAUUCGCCGUUGCCGUCGACUCAUUUUCAUCGCUUGCGGUACCAGUUACCACUCCUGUAUGGCCGUGCGUGGUGUGUUUGAGGAAUUGACCGAGAUCCCCAUUGCUGUGGAGCUGGCCUCCGAUUUCCUGGACCGACAGGCUCCCGUCUUCCGUGACGAUACCUGUGUGUUCGUUUCCCAGUCUGGUGAAACCGCUGACUCCCUGAUGGCUCUCCGUUACUGUCUGGAGCGUGGCGCUCUGACUGUCGGUAUUGUGAACGUCGUCGGAUCCUCCAUCUCCCUUCUCACCCACUGUGGUGUUCACAUCAACGCUGGUCCCGAGAUUGGUGUUGCUUCCACUAAGGCCUACACUUCUCAGUUUGUUGCUAUGGUCAUGUUCGCCCUGUCCCUCAGUGAGGACCGUGCGUCAAAGGCCAAGAGACGUGAGGAGAUCAUUGAGGGUCUUGGCAAGAUCUCUGACCAGUUCCGCUCGAUCUUGAAGCUCAACGAGCCUAUUAAGGAGAUGUGUGCCAAGUUUUUCAAGGAUCAGAAGAGUCUCCUCCUUCUCGGCCGUGGUGCCCAGUUCCCCACUGCUCUCGAGGGUGCACUUAAGAUUAAGGAGAUUUCUUACCUCCACUGUGAGGCUGUCAUGUCUGGUGAACUCAAGCACGGUGUCUUGGCCCUGGUGGACGAGAACCUGCCUAUCAUUAUGAUUCUGACUCGUGACAACCUGUUCACCAAGUCUCUGAAUGCCUACCAGCAGGUUAUUGCCCGUGCUGGUCGCCCCAUUGUUAUCUGCAACGAGAACGACCCUGAAUUCUCCGCCGCCCAGACCGAGAAGAUUGUGGUUCCCAAGACUGUGGACUGUCUCCAAGGUCUCUUGAACGUCAUUCCUCUGCAAUUGAUCUCUUACUGGCUUGCAGUUGGUGAGGGUCUCAAUGUGGACUUCCCCCGUAACUUGGCCAAGUCUGUGACUGUCGAGUAA